AUGAAGCCCAACACUCAGGCUUCCUUCGGCACUGCCACGCCGCACGUGACUCACUUUCACCGCUCAACUCUCUCACGUGCCACGCCUUCCCAAACUCAUCCUAAACGCCGCCGUUUCAACCUAUCUCUUCCCCAUUCCAACCGUAUAAUCGCGGCUCGGAAAACCGAACACUACGACGGGAGCGAUGAAGUGAGUGAAUCCGAAUGGUCUCGAGCUCGAAGCAACCGGCGAGGUGUGCUGGUGGCGCCGUUUCUAGCCGUUGGCGCUUCGUUCUUGCUAUCUGCGGCGUCGACGAGGGCGGAGGAGGAGGAAAAGGUGACGCCGGUGGAGGUAACGGUUGUGAAACAGGAGGAGGUGAAGAAGAUAGAGGAGGAAGUGAUAACUUCGAGGAUUUACGAUGCGACGGCGAUUGGUGAACCGUUGGCGAUAGGGAAAGAGAAAGGGAAAGUGUGGGAGAAGUUGAUGAAUGCUAGGGUUGUUUAUUUGGGGGAAGCUGAACAGGUUCCGGUUCGAGAUGAUAAAGAAUUGGAGCUUGAGAUUGUGAAGAAUUUGCAUAAGCGUUGUGUUGAGAUUGAUAAGCGUUUAUCUUUGGCUAUUGAAGCCUUUCCCUCUGAUCUCCAGGAACCGCUCAAUCAGUAUAUGGAUAAAAAGAUAGAUGGAGAAACCUUAAAGACUUAUACGGCGCAUUGGCCGCCUGGACGGUGGCAGGAGUAUGAACCUAUUCUUAGUUACUGUCGUGAAAAUGGAAUUCGUCUUGUUGCUUGUGGUACUCCACUGGAGAUCUUAAGGACUGUCCAAGCAGAAGGAAUUAGUGGGCUAACGAAGGCUGAACGUAAUUUAUACUCACCUCCAGCUGGUUCUGGCUUCAUAUCAGGCUUUACUUCUAUGUCGCGAAGAUCAUCACUGGAUAAUACUCCAAAUCUGUCGUUUCCUUUUGGUCCAAGCUCAUAUCUAUCUGCACAGGCUAGAGUAGUUGACGAGUAUACUAUGUCCCAGAUCAUCUUACGCAGUAUGCUUGAUGGAGGGGCUACUGGUAUGUUGAUAGUUGUGACUGGUGCAAGCCAUGUCACAUACGGAUCUAGAGGAACUGGAGUGCCUGCAAGAAUUUCAAGAAAAAUGCAAAAGAAAAAUCAAGUAGUUAUAUUACUUGACCCAGAAAGACAGUUCAUUCGCAGCGAGGGAGAGGUUCCUGUUGCUGAUUUCUUGUGGUAUUCUGCAGCCAGACCCUGUAGCAGAAAUUGCUUUGAUCGGGUUGAGAUUGCUCGGGUUAUGAAUGCUGCCGGGCAGCGGCGAGAUGCCCUCCCCCAGGAUCUUCAAAAGGGAAUUGAUCUUGGUUUAGUAUCACCAGAGGUGCUGCAGAACUUCUUUGAUCUAGAGAAGUAUCCUCUACUUUCAGAACUCACUCACCGUUUCCAGGGUUUCAGGGAAAGAUUGUUGGCAGAUCCCAAAUUCUUGUAUAGAUUAGCCAUAGAAGAAGGAAUCUCAGUAACAACUACGGUAUUAGCACAGUAUCUAAAGAGGAAAGAAAACUUCUUUCAAGAGCUUGACUAUGUUAUUACGGACUCUGUCAGAGGAUCAGUUGUUGAUUUCUUUACAGUGUGGCUUCCUGCACCAACUUUAUCAUUCAUUUCCUAUGCUGAUGACAUGAAUGCGUCUGAUAACAUUAGUUCUCUAAUGGGACUUCUUGGCUCCAUCCCAGACAAUGCAUUUCAAAAGAAUCCAGUGGGAACAAAUUGGGACCUCAAUCAUCGGAUUGCAUCAGUUUUAUUUGGUGGUUUAAAACUCGCUGGUGUUGGAUUUAUUUCAAGUAUUGGAGCUGUGGCUUCAUCAAACUCUCUGUUUGCAGUUCGUAAAUUACUUAAUCCAGCAAUUAUCACUGACCAACAGAUUGCAAGGUCACCAAUACUCAAAACAGCAGUUGUUUAUGCAUUAUUUCUUGGAAUAUCGGCAAAUCUCCGUUAUCAGAUAAUUGCUGGGGUAGUGGAGCAUCGGAUUUCUGAUCAGUUUGCUUCCCAAACCUUUCUUGUAAAUUUGCUAUCUUUUGUAUCACGGACAAUCAAUUCUUACUGGGGAACGCAGCAAUGGAUUGACCUUGCACGCGAUACUGGACUGCAAGUUAGAACGACCGAGUCACCUGACCCACCUGCUUCAGAUUCUCCAAAUCAAGCUGCAAUCUUAUGCAACGAAUCAGAUUCUCCAAAUCAAGCCGCAAUGUUAUGCAACGAAGCAGAAGAAGCCAGCAUCGAUGAGAUUAAAAGUGAAUGA